UGUUGGUGUGUGUAAGAGUUGGUGUGUGGGAGGGUGUGUGUGCAUGUGUAGGUGUGUGUAAGAGUUAGUGUGUGCAUGUGUGUAUGUGCGCGUGCGUGUGUGUGUGUGUGUGCGCAUGGGUGGAUCACAGACUGGAUUAUCACCAAGUGAAUGCUGAAGUCGUUGUGGGCAUCUUCCAAAUCUACCUCAUCAUUGAGCAGCUAGGGGGAGAUGAGAUCAUCCGUCACCAUGCAGUCCUACAAUCAGACACCAUCUGGUGGGCUUCAAAUGCGCUCACCGCAACAGACUUCCUGUAGCAGCAUGCAAAGCUCUACACCACAGACGCAGUAUUACAUUCACCAACAGAGGAUCUCGCAACACCAAAAUCAACAACAAUAUCAAGGGUCAUGGAGCGGCCAGCCUUCUCAGUUGCAGUCGAGCCCGAUGCCUCAAGCGAGGAGUAGCGAUUUCCAAAAUCGGAUGCUUUUUACAAAUUCAGCUUCGACGAGAUCUGCUUUUCCAGCUGCUCAGCAUGGGAAUGGAAAUACUGUACCUCAACAGAAUUAUAAUAUGCCAAAAUUUAAUGCCAAUAGUUUCGCUCCUCUUUUCCCUUCUCUUUAUAACAAUGCGAGUUCUGCGUCCGGGGAGAAGAACCUGACGCAUCAGGCAGCUUUACCUCAGCACCAGUCUUUGAAUGGACAUCAUAAAAGAAUGCAGACUGACAAUCAGACAUUGCAAGAAGUCCCCAGAGGUCAGAUAAGAGAAGGAAAUGGAAAUGGUGGUUUAUAUAGCUUUGCUAAUCACCUCUCUGCUAAAACACAAAGACACACUACUCCGAAUUACAGUUCUCCGACUGGUACGAGCCACUCAAACUAUAAUGGGACACAGGUUCAAUAUUCAUCCCAAAUCCAGAACAAUCCUGUCUAUUACAGUCAUUUCAACCUCAACGGGAAAAAUCACGGAAGCUUACGGUCUAACCUGCCACAUCCCCCAUCAUAUACAAGCCAGCAUGCUGUAAUUAAAACCCCACCGAAUCAAACGAUGAACCAAAUUACAGCAUUAAGUUUACAUCAGGACAGCGUCCAGACCCAACAAAGCAAUACGUUACCAGUUUCGGGACAUCAAAGCAAGACAAGCCACUUCGCUGUACCUGCUAAUCAAGGCAACACCCACACAAAGCCACAAUGCCUACAAUUCAAUAAAGGAAAUACUGCGCUUCCUAUGUCCUCUCAAGUAACAAUGUCUUCCAGCAUCCCUACCAGCAACUCCUACUUCCACUCCAGCCUAAUGGAUUUGCUUACAGAGAAGGAAAACCCUCAAGUGCCCCCUCAAAGACACGACCCUAGUCCUGUGUCCUGCCUCGAGGCCAGGUUUGCUACACAGAGCCAAACACUAAGUCACAUUACUACUAAGGCAACCUCCACCCAGUCCACAGUAUCUGGAUCAUACUCGAGUGUUCCUGCAAAAAGUAAAGAGUCGAGGUCAAGCAAGAAUCAGUUGAACCUGGACGUUCAAAGCUCUGAAGGAUUGUGGCAAGAAUCCAACUCUGAAACAACGCUGCAGAGAAACAACGGACCCAAAAGCAGCGACGGACUUGGAGAGGCGCAGCACACCAAGAAUGUAGCUAAACAUCAAGAGUUGUUUGCGGCGUGGCAGAAAGUGUUUCUACAAUCUCAUAAAGCAGUCGCUGUAGUUCCACCUAUUUCUCAGCAGGUCCCCAGUCCAGACAUGAAUAUCGAGAGCAUUCCUUUUAAAACUGAUCAAGUCUCAGGCAAGAAUGUGGAGUCAAAUGCUCCCAGUCUGCCCAAACAUACAAACGAAUCUACAGUUGAUACUAUAAUACCAGAAAUUCAAAGCACUGGCGUUGCACAGUCAAACAUAAGCUCUCAGAACUCGGUUUGCUCCACUGCUUCAACAUCAAAAAGUCCAGAGGACCACAGCGAAGGCAACGGCGCCAAAUCGAAUGCCGAUUUAUUCCAUUUGUCUGAAGUUCGAGUGGGUACUUUUACGCAAAAUUCCUUUCUUUGCUUGCUCAAGCAUUUUGAAAGCACACAAGGAACCCUGAAAAAACCAGUAGCAGAUCUUGAAAAGUGUCUCUUGGACCUGUAUUGGGGUGGUGGAAAAAGAAACGUACUAAAACGUGCGCAAACAUUUCUGGCAGAGUAUAUAAAUCUGUUGUCUGCACUGUCCACAAAGGAAAUUGAGACAGCGGUUUUUCAAUAUCUUCAGCACAAAGACUUAAUGAGGCUGGCACCUCAUUACCACAUUCUGAAAGACGACACAAUAAUGCCAACUGACGAGUUCAGGUCCUCGUGGUUGAACCUUGAUGGUCAGCCAGCCGAUAUAGAAAAGAUGCUUGCUGAACCAGUAAUGGACUUUAAUCUUCCUAGUUAUGCUGUACAAGAAGGUUUCAACACCCUGGACCUUAAUUCUGAACCUUCUACAACAACUGAUUGCCAAAAUGACGACAAAGAGAUUUCAAACGUGAUGGUAUGUGAAAGUGAAUCAACCGAUAAAAUCACAAAUAAGCAAGGAGAUGAGAGCCUCGAGGACCAUCAAGUGCAAAGUAGGAGUCUUGAACAAACUUUUCAGUCAGAUGAAAUCGCAGACCCCCUGAACGAGAGCAUCAGAGAAGCAGAAUGUGAGCAAGUCUGCAGAGAUGCCGGUGAAAAAAACGUUUCUUCCUUUGAAAUGGUUGAGCAGGGAGAUCUUUCUAUUGAUUUCGAUUUCAGCAAGGACUCCCAAACCUUCCAACAUUUGCUUCUGUCUUCUGAUGCUGAUGAUACCAGCUUAAAGGGUUGCAACUUGAAAAACAAGUCUUCUCAUUUGUGUCAAGUUAAAAUACCAGAGGUUUCUGGCACCCCAGACAAUAGUGCCAACGCAUUCUCUAGUUCAGUCAAUCGAAUCAAAUUCACUUGCCCUCAUGUAACUGAAAAUGACUUAGACAGUGAACCGUUUUGCUCCAGGUGCUGGGAAGAGACGCCUUUAUUAGAUCUAGACCUGGAAGAAGCUCUGUUCAGCCCAGAGCCUAGAACUACAGAGGUUAAAUCAUUUGAAGGUAUUGUCUCAGAACCAGGUGAUGCAACAGAGAGCUGUAGCUCACUUGGUGAUGAAUCAGCAGUGAAAUGCACUGAAAGUGUUCACAUAACAAUGCCAAUUGAAGAACAAGUCUGCGAGACGAACAGUUCAGUGGCACCAGAGUUACCAGAGGCUCCAUCUCCUGCACAAAACAUCAAAACCCCAGUAGUUCCAGAGCAGCCCCAAACCCAAUCAGGUGAUAUUUCUCCACUGUGCAACAAGUCAAAACCAACCAAAACUGCAGGAGAUGCUUUUUGCACCACUGAUAUUGAGGCUGUUAAAACUAGCUCCCCAAAGCCUCAUCCAAAUGGACAGAAUAGUGAAGAUGAACCAACAGAAAAAGGAGAACUAAGAAAGUCUUCCAUCAAGUGGAAAACUCAAAUGAAUGCUCCUUCUUCGCCAUCUGACAAACAAGACCCAAAUGGGAAUGAAUGGAGUAGCCGCAACUAUUCAAGUACAUCAACCUGUGAAGCUAACAUAAGGAAAGCAGACUGUUCUCCAGAUGCUUCAGAGCCGAUCGAGGCUAAUAUGACCAAAUCAUCAAGUGGAAAAGUUUCUUCACCCAAAUAUCCACAUAAAAUUGUAAAGGUUUUCAAAACCGUAUCAGUUCCUACCUUAGAUGAUCUUUUCACUCCUGAUAUUGUGGUCAAAAAAGCUAGCGCCCCAAAACCACACUCAGAUGACCUCAGCGUUUCUUCUACUAAAGAUGACCAGGGCUGCAAAGAUAAAAGGGUUAAAAGAGGAGAAAACAAGUCUCCAAUCACAUUGAAAAAACAAGGUUCUGGCCAAACUAAUGAAGACACAUGCAAGAAACAAACACCUGUUAAAUUUCAAGUGCUAUACAGUACACCUCGCAAGAACGCCGGCCCAAACCAGGACAAGACCGGACAAAACAAAGCAACGAAAAAACUUGCACUGUACGGAUUACACAACAGCAACCGGAAAAAAAGAGAGGUUCACCACCACCAAUGCUUCAACAGGGUGACGUUGUCCACGGCUCCUGCUUACAUCACACUUUCAAAUAGCCCCAAGAGUACCAAGAGCUACACGGACACACCUUCAGCUAAGCAGAAGGUCUACAACGAGUGGAGCAGCAAGUUUUUUCCGGACACAAAAAAGAAACGUAAGAAACAGCAGAAAUCUGAAAAAGUCGAACUGAAAUCCAGGAUACAAGCACUGAAAAGAAAUCUUGUAGAAAAGCAAUUCAUAGAUAUGCUCGAGGAUUUCGAUGCGGGACCAAAGGCCAAGAAGAUCAAGUUCAAGCGUGCCGUUUUUGAAGAAUUAUUCUAAUCGCGGGAACGCAAACUCCGACCGUUCUUAUGUAACGCUAGAAAAUAUACUUGUACUGUACAUUUACUGGUCUCAAAUACCCGCUUAAAAUGAUAUUUGUGGUAAAGUGUAAACUCUAGCUGGCUAUUCCACCCAAUUUUUAUGCCGAAUUUGCACUUUUCAUUCCUGUCAGUUCCUGUUCUUGAUUUUAAUUGCCACAUUUGUGGUUAAGACGAUCGAUUUUGAAUAGAUUUUUAUAUUUUUGCUCUGUGAGCUUGAACCUUGACUAGUGAGAACGUUUUAACUUUUUACAGUGCCUUUUUAUAUGUUGUUGCUAUUUGACUGUUGUUGCCUGCAUUAUUCUACUUUCUUUUAUAAUAAAGUUUGUAUAAACAUA